AAGAAUCGAAAAUGUGAUGAAGCUAUGAAUCUUUAUAAGGAAAUGACUUUAAGGGGAGUUAGGCCAACAGUUGUUACUUAUAGCACCUUGCUAUCUGGCCUUUUUAUGAACGGUAAUGUCAAACAUGCAAAAAAGCUAUUUGGUGAGAUGCAACUUAGUAAUGUGCUUCCCAAUUUAAUUACGUAUCAUAUUCUUGUUGAUGGGUAUUGCAAAAAUGGUUGUGUUUUGGAGGCUGUUGAACUGUUCUAUACUUUAAUAAAUCGAAACAUUCAACCUAACAUCACAACUUUCAAUUGUCUCAUUAAUGGGUUGUGCAAAACAGGGAGACUCAAUAUUGCUUGGGAAAUGUUCAAUGGAUUUUGUAAGGAAGGAAAGUUAGAAAUGGCAAGUAAAUGUUUCUCAGAUAUGGAGCAAAAUGGUGUUGCGCCAAAUUUGGUCACUUUCAAUACGCUUAUGUCUGGUUUCUUGCAGAAUAAUGAGACUUUAAAAGUGGUGGAACUUCUUCACAAAAUGAAAGAGAGAAAUGUGAAACCAGAUGCAUCCGUAGGUUCAAUAAUGUUAGAUUUACUGGGAAAGCAUGAAGAUUAUCGUGAAGUCCUGAAUUUGCUACCAUCCUUUUCAACCCAAGAACCAACAGGAUGUCGAUUGUUGAGUAAGUGCAAUUUCCAAGGGAGUAUAGCUUAUCAAGAGAGCCCUGGCAAACGUUAAAGUUUCCCUGUAAAGAUGUGUGCCACCAUUGUAGUGGUGAUUGAAUUUAUGUGAAUCCAUUAAUGAAGAAGUCAUAUAAUUGAAGUUACA